AUGGCAGAACAGCACUCACUCCCGCGUAAACCCCUGCCAACCCACACCCUCGACUGGGAAACAUCCAAACCUCGCCCCUCCAGCACCUCAUUCCUCGCGCGCAUCCUCCCCCGUCGCGGCAAAACCCCAGCAGUAGCAACAACAGCAGCCACCACUAGCAGUAGGACAUCGUACCUAGACCGCGUCCUCCCCCCUCACAAGCGGUACCUCAACAGCCGCCUCUCCCGCCGCGCCUUCCUCGCCCUCCUCGCCGCCCUAGCCUUUCUCCUCCUCCUCGCCCUGAUCCUCGGCCUCGCGCUCGGCCUGCGCAACCGCGGCAGCAGCCAGCCGCUGCCGCUGCCGGGCACGGGCAUCACCUCGACGGGCGACCUGACCUACUACGACCCGGGGCUCGGCGCAUGCGGCGCGACCAACUUCGUCAACGAGUCCAUCGUCGCCGUGUCGCACACGCUGUUCGACGCCGCGGCGGGCCAGGCCGGCAGCGGGAGCAACCCCAACGCGAACCCGCUGUGCGGCAAGGUGAUCCGCAUCUCGUCGCGCGCGGCGGCGGGGGCGAACCGGAGCGUCGACGUGACGGUGCGGGACCGGUGCACGGGGUGCGCGGUGGCGGAUCUGGAUGUCACGGAGUCUGUGUUUGAUCGGUUGGCUCAGAGGGCGGAGGGGAGGGUCAAGUGUAGCUGGGUUUGGGUGUGA